AUGCCUCGGGGUCGUAAGAGCAAGCUCCGAGCCCAGGCAAAACGCCGUCAGGCCCAGGAAGAGCCUCAGAAUCUGGUGAGUGCUCAGGCCACGGCAGGAGUGACAGAACGGGCCCACUCUUCUUCAUCUAAUCGUGUCAGUACUCCCCAGAGAUCAACUGCUUCUGGGGCCACCAGCACUACUGCUGCAGCUGUUUCACAUGCAAGAUACGAUAACCAAGUGAGGGAAAGGCCAACAUCCUCACAGGCCCAGGUUGCCUUUGGGCACUUAUGUAGUGCCCCUCUGGAUGAGAAUGUGGUUACUUUGGUGCAAUACUUGCUGCUCAAGUAUCAAAUGAAAGAGCCUAUUUGGAAGGCAGAUGUGAUGAGAAAUAUAAUCCGUUUGCCCAAGAGCCACUUCCAUGAGAUCUUGAUGAAAGCUUCUGAGUACAUGGAGCUGAUCUUUGGCCUUGACAUAAGGAAGCUGGAUCCCAACAGGCACAUCUAUGUCCUCAUCAACAAGUUGGAUAUAAGCUACGAUGCAAAGCUGGGCGAUGAUGAAGGAAUCCCCAAGACUGGCUUGCUAAUGACAAUCUUGGGUGUGAUCUUUGCGAGGGGCAACUGUGCCACUGAGGAGCAAAUAUGGCAAAUUUUAAAUAUAAUGGGGAUAUAUGAUGGGAGGAGGCAUUUCAUUUUUGGGGAUCCCAGGAAGCUUAUCACCGAGGAUUUGGUGAAAGCAAAAUACCUGAUAUACCGGGAGGUUCCCAAUACUAUUCCUCCACGCCAUGAAUUCUUAUGGGGCCCAAGAGCUUAUGCUGAAACAAGUAAGAUGAAAGUCCUUGAGUUUUUAGCCAAGGUCCAUGAUAUUGCCCCUACUGCCUUUACAUCGUGGUAUGCGGAAGCUUUGAGAGAUGAGGAAGAGAGAGCCCGAACCAGAGCUGCCGCUAGAGCUCGCAUUAGAGCCAUAGCUGAUGCACGUUCCAGGGCCUUACUCAUCAGGCCCUCCCACACUAGUAAAGUUUGA